CACGUCUCGUCAUCGUUGGGGUUCGCAAAUGCUGCAGGUUUUACGAGCAUCUCAGCGGAUAUCACCCCGGGUCAUUGCCCGGUCCCGACAAACGGGCAGCAUCCUCGCUGUGCGAGGCUUUGCUACUCCGUCGGAACCAUACGAUGCUAUCAUCGUCGGUGGAGGUCCCGGAGGGUACGUCUGUGCCAUCAAGGCGGCACAACUCGGUCUCAAGACGGCUUGCAUCGAGAAACGCGGUGCGCUUGGUGGAACAUGUCUAAACGUCGGGUGUAUUCCGUCCAAGGCAAUGUUGAAUAAUUCGCAUUUGUACCACCAGGCAAUGCAUGAUAUGAAGCAUCGGGGUAUUGAUAUCGGCUCGGUCUCGUUAAACCUAGAUACCAUGCUCAAAGCCAAGGUUCAGUCCGUAACAGGCUUAACAAAAGGUGUAGAAGGUCUCUUCAAGAAGAACAAAGUCGACUACAUCAAAGGCACCGCAUCCUUCGUAUCACCAACCCGACUCGCAGUCCAACUAAAUGACGGAGGAGAGGCCGAACUCGAGGGUAAGAACAUUGUCAUUGCAACAGGCUCUGAAGUCACUCCCUUCCCUGGCGGUGCAAUCACCAUCGACGAGAAGCGAAUCGUUAGUAGCACAGGCGCACUUGAGUUGACGAAGGUACCGAAUAAAAUGGUAGUUAUUGGUGGUGGGAUUAUUGGUCUCGAGAUGGGUAGCGUAUGGAGUCGACUUGGUGCAGAGGUGACUGUUGUCGAAUUCCUUGGUGGAAUCGGUGGUGCAGGUAUAGACGAAGAAAUCGCGAAGCAGUUCCAAAAGAUCCUCGCCAAGCAAGGACUGAAGUUCAAACUGAACACAAAGGUGCUCAGUGCGGAACCACAGGGCGAGGACGGACCUGUGUCCGUAAAGACAGAAGCAGCGAAAGGAGGAAACGAAGAGACCUUCGAAGCAGACGUCGUACUCGUCGCUGUUGGUCGUCGACCAUUCACCGAUGGCCUCGGACUUGAGAAGGUCGGUGUAGAGGUAGACGAGAAAGGUCGCGUCGUGGUCGAUUCGCAAUACAACACAUCCGUAAAGGGCAUCCGCUGCAUCGGCGACGCGACUUUCGGCCCUAUGCUCGCACACAAAGCCGAAGAAGAAGGCAUCGCCGUCGCAGAAUACCUCAAAACAGGACACGGACAUGUAAACUACGGUGCCAUCCCCUCCGUAGUCUACACACACCCCGAAGUUGCAUGGGUAGGCGCGUCAGAAGGUGACCUCCAAAAAUCGGGAACAAAAUACAAAGUAGGGAAGUUCCCGUUCCUCGCGAACUCGCGUGCGAAGACGAAUUUGGAUACGGAGGGGAUGGUGAAGUUCCUUGUGGAAGCGGAGACGGAUAGAGUAUUGGGUGUACAUAUUAUUGGACCCAAUGCGGGUGAGAUGAUUGCUAGUGCUGUGCUAGCUAUGGAAUAUAGCGCGAGUGCUGAGGAUAUUGCGCGAACGACUCACGCUCAUCCGACGUUGAGCGAAGCGUUCAAGGAGGCAGCCAUGGCGUCGUACGACAAGCCGAUCCAUUUCUGAGUCUGUUGCCCCCUAUAAUUGUAGAACCGGGGCCAUGGACGUAGAAUAUGGGUAGUUCGUACCUUACGUGUCCGUAUUUUUUAAUCCUAAUUCAUUAGAUUCAACUCAUCUUUCAACGCUUUUCAUAACACGUAAGCUCGAUGGGCCAGAAUCAAAUUUAAAGGGCUGAUCUAGUCAUUGAUGAAAUACGGGCAAACCGGUUCGAAACGAGGAGCCCAUGAAAU